AUGGGACCACUUUGCUAUCUCGAAGAUGAUAACCUGCGGACAGUGGCAGAACAGUGCUUCGUGUCAUUGUUCGAAACAUAUUGCGACGGUGUCACCGGGUUUGAACCCAGGGUGGUUGAACAGAGCACGGAUGAUACAGACAGUCUUGACACUGCAAUCAAAUAUUUCCAGGACAAGGAAGCCUCGUCGCAGUUGAUAACGAUCGCCAAAACCUCUUUCCAGAGGUCGGGGUGGCCCGGUGGACGGUCAAGAGCCUCGUAUGGCGCAAGCGAAGGCUGCAACUGGAACAGCCCCAUAACAGAAUGGGUGAAAGGUGAACGAAACAUCUGGGUCAAGACAGAAUUUCCCGAGGCAAAUCUUCAUGUUUACCGACGCACUCCUGUACAGGUAUUGGACACCGGCAGUGGAAAGCGAGUCUGCAUCACCGUGGAGCUGGACUCUACAAAGUCUUUGACCAACAGUGGAAACUUCUCCCCAGGUAUCCCGAUCACAGUCGACCUGCCUUUGGGAACUCCCCGAACACCAGAGCUGCGGCAGCCUGGAGCUUUCAACUCAUACGCCCAAGGAAUCGCAAUAUUCCGGUUUUUGAAACAGGUGCAACUCGACCGUGUCGGCCGGCCACCGUGGAUGUACGACUAUUCAGUGGCGAGACUCAAGGAGCAGAAGUUAGAUUGGCUAGAACAGACAAUCAAUAUCGUGGAUGUGAUGCCACCGAAUCAGGUGGUGAGGGCAUCUCGCAUGAAAACCGAAUGGGAGCUACGGCAAGAGUUGGCACAGCUCGGUCUCCAUGUCUCGGGCCCAUACGGUCAGCUUGACAGACCAUCAGCGAAACAGCGACGGCCAGUUGGUGCUUGCGACUCGUGCUAUCUUCUCAACGUCGUCAGCCGUCGACAAGACAUUUACGGUAGGAUCAUCGACGAGUACACUGCCAACGUUACUCCAUGUGUACGCAAAGCUACCACCCUACCACCACAACGAGUCCGCGAUAUCUGUCAGCGAUGCGCUCCCCCGGGGCGAGAAUGCUCGUUCACACAAGCCAUUGAGGACUGCUCACUUGAGGAUCCGAGGGUGUUGGCUCUCGUUCCCAGACCAGGGCAAGCUCAUGAACUGGAACAGAUCCCGGACCCUGAGAUCACUGUUUUCCAGCACAAGGGCUGA